AUGGGGAAACUCAUUCGUCUUGAGCUUUACAGACACCAUACCUUACUCUUCGGAGAUGCCUACUUCACCUCCAUCAUCGGUCCCAAUGGAUCUGGCAAGUCCAACUCCAUGGACGCCAUCUCCUUCGUCCUCGGCAUCAAAUCAUCCCAUCUACGGUCGACCCAUCUACGAGAACUUGUUUACCGUGGCCGUGUCCUGCGCAAAUCAACUGUAAAUGGCGACGCGGCUAAUGGUGUAAAUGGCCACGGAGAGGAAGAAUCAAGCCAAGUCAACGGAUCGCAAGAACGUAAUGAUCCAAAAUCUGCAUGGGUCAUGGCAGUAUACGAAGAUGAUGCGGGAAUCGAGCAAAAGUUCAAGCGCACAAUCACAAACCAAGGCGUUUCCGAGUAUCGCAUCAACGAGCGUGUGGUAUCUUCGCAGCAUUACAACGAAAUGCUAGAGGAGGAAAACAUCCUCAUCAAAGCACGAAAUUUCUUGGUGUUUCAAGGCGAUGUUGAAGCCAUCGCGAUUCAGAAGCCUCAGGACUUGACGCGUCUCAUCGAACAAGUCUCCGGGAGUUUAGAGUAUAAAGCGGAGUACGACAAAUUAAAAGCUGAAUUGGAUGAAGCUGCAGAGAAACAGGCUUUUCAGCUCAAUCGACGGCGAGGCAUUAACUCUGAGAUCCGGCAAUAUCAAGAACAGAAGCGCGAGGCGGACAAUUUUCAGAAAAAGGCUGCAGAGAAAGAUCAAGCCAUAGUGACUCAUGUUUUGUGGAAAUUGUACCAUCUUCAACGCCAAAUUGAGGAGUCCAGUGCAGAGAUCCAGCGACACCAGAACGAUGUGAAAGAGCAUAAGCGGGGCCUCGAGAAAUACGAACGUAGUCUUGAUGCCGCAAAGAAAGAUCACGCUCAGGCAGCAAGAGGUGUGACGAAAGCCGAAAAAGCCAUCAAGGCCAAAGACAGAGAAAUCGAGGAUCACGUCUCUUCCCUAGUACCCAUUGAUGAACAGAUUUCGGUCUCUACCCAGCAGAUCACAAAAUAUGCCAAUAGAGUCAACACCAUUGUCAAGGAGCGGAGCGCACAAGCUACGACCGUGAGUCAACUCGAAAAAGAUCUUGCUACUGUCGAGAAGGCACAGGCUCAAUGGCAGAAAGAAUGGGAUCAAAAUGCCAGUCGAAUGGGUGGUCGGCUGAGCUCAGCAGAUCUUCAGCAAUACACCCGCUUACGAGAAGAACUCAAUAAACGUGCAUCAGCUAACAUCAGUCUUGUGGAAAAGCUCAAAAAUGAACGGGCGCCAAUCGAAGCGACCUACAAUAACUUGAAGAACAGCGUUGAAAGCACAGAGUAUAGAUUGAAGUCACUCGAAAACGAAUACACUUCAAUCAGCGAACGUAGAGAAGCCGUCAAAGAUGUAGUGCAGCAAGUUCAGACAGAUAUUGACACAAAGAAAAAAGAAUUGAACGCGGCCACAUCGAAGAGAUUGCAGGCCGCACGUCAACGGACCGAACUCGAUGAGAAACUUGCAGAGAUUGCACGAAAGCUGCUCGAGGCUGACGAUGGCCGUCGGACAAGUGAGAAGGAGCGCCGGAUGAAAGAGACUAUUGCCAUGCUUAAACGCACGUACCCUGGAGUCAAAGGCAGAGUACACGAAUUGUGUAAACCUAAGCAAAAGAAAUAUCAGGAAGCCGUCAGCACAGUUUUGGGUCGUCACUUUGACGCUGUUGUGGUCGAUACCGAAGCAACAGCGAAACAAUGCAUUGAAUAUCUACGUGAUCAUCGAUCCGGGCAAGCUACAUUUAUUCCCCUGGACACAAUCCAAGUCAAAGCUGUCAACACAAACCUGAAAGGAAUGCACCGUGGCAUGAGACCCGCCGUUGAGACCAUCGAUUACGACCAGUCAGUAUCACGAGCUAUAUCCUACGCCUGCGGAAAUGCAAUUGUUUGUGACGACCUUAAGAUUGCCAAAGAAUUGUGCUAUACUCGGAACGUCGACGCAAAGGCUGUGACUUUGGACGGCAGUGUCAUCCACAAGGGAGGUCUAAUGACUGGUGGUCGGGGUAGAGAACAGAAUACUCGAAGAUGGGAUGAUGCCGAAGUCGAUAGACUCACCAAACUCAAGGAUAAAUACAUGGAAGAAUUUGCCGCCCUACCACAAGAACGGUCCCGGGUGGCAGAGGAGCAGGCCUUACAAAAUGAGCUAAGCGGCCUCGAAAGUCGAUUGCGGUAUACAAAAGAGGAACUUGAUGCACUCCAGAAGAAUCUCCAAAGCAAAAAGCGAGAGAUUGAUCAUGUCAAGGACCAGUUACGGGGAGAACGCCCUAAGAUGCAAGCUGAGCUCGACAAGCUAGAGAAGAUUGACGAAGAAAUUUCUGACUACCGAGAAUCAGUCAGCAAUGUGGAGAAUGAGAUUUUUGCGGACUUCUGUCAGCAACACGGGUUCGACGAUAUUCGUGACUAUGAGGCGCGACAAGGCUCACUUCAACAAGAGGCCGCCCAGAAGAAGUUGGAGUUCGUUACACAGAAGGGUAGGAUCGAGGGUCAGCUGAACUUUGAGCGUACCAGAUUGCAAUCAACAGAUGACCGACUGCAGGCUCUCCGGGAUAAAGAGCAGCGCGACAGGACUACCAUCGACGAACUGAAUGAACAACGUCAGGGCAUUCAAGAUGAUCUUGACACUUUGAAGAACGAGCUCGAUGAACUGAAUGCUGAGCUAGAAGAGCAAAAAGAGCUACAAUCAGCCGCUGCUGAAAAGUUGGCAAAGCAAAAGCAAGAAGUCCAAAAAAGAAACAGCGAAAUGAGCAGUACCUUCAACCGCAUAAGCGAACUGGAAGGUGCAAUGCAACGCUAUUCGACCACGAGAUACGCAUUGCUUCGACGUUGUAAGAUCGAAAACAUUGCCAUUCCUCUUACAGAAGAAUCGGCAAGUCUUGAGAGUGUCCCCAUCAAUGAACUCCCUCUAGAAGAUGCAGAUACAAUGGAUGUUGACGAGGAAGAUCCGACCUCAUCGGCGCUCAAGACUCACAGGGUCACAGAUUAUGGCGUCGAGCCUGAUUUUGAUGCCCUUGACGAUGACCUACGGGACGAGGACGGAGAAGGGGUAGACCAAAAGCUUCAGGACGACAUCGCCAAACUGACCGCAACUCUCGAGAAGAUGCAGCCCAACUCGCACGCGGCACAGCGUCUCGCCACCGUGGAGGCGCGCGCGCGAGACACGGAGCAAGAAUACGAGGACUCGAGAGCGCAGUAUCGCGAACUCAAGGCCAGUUUCGAAGACGUUACGGAAAGCCGCAACGGGCUCUUCAACAAGGCCUUCUCCCACAUCUCAGAACAGAUCGAGCCGAUCUACUCUAACCUGACCAAGUCGGACGAAUUUCCCGCAGGUGGUCGCGCGUACCUUACGGCUGACGAGGAAGAGCCGUACCUCGCUGGCGUCAACUAUCAUACCAUGCCGCCAACGAAGCGGUUCCGAGACAUGGAGCAUCUGUCCGGCGGGGAGAAAACCAUGGCCGCACUGGCGCUGCUCUUCGCCAUCCACAGCUACCAGCCCAGCCCAUUCUUCGUGCUCGAUGAAGUCGACGCCGCUUUGGACAACGCCAACGUGGGUAAAUUGGUCAACUACGUGAGGAACCAUGCUGGCCCCGGCAUGCAAUUCAUCGUGAUCAGUCUCAAGACCGGCUUUUUCCAGGGCAGCGAGGCUCUGGUCGGCGUGUACAGAGACCAAGGCGCGAACAGCUCCAAGGUCUUGACCCUCGAUGUAAGCAAGCCCCCGUUUGAGAUUCUCCUAGUUGAAUUGCCAUUCCUCGUCGCCCCCCUCCCCCUCCUCCGCAAGAUUCAUAAAUCAGAUCAGUUAGCUGACCUCUAUCCCACAACAGCUUCGUAA